GCGGAUUACAAUUAAAUUAUCAAUUCAUCGAUCACCUAAUUUGAACGAGAAAAAACAAGUAAAAAAACGAAAAGUAAAAUAGUAAAAAGUAAAAAUACAUUCUAUUGGAUUUGGUUCGGUAUCAAUAAAUUAUGAUGUUCUUCACAAAAUGCAUUUAUAUGACGUGUUUGCUUCCUCUCCCUCCAGUUUCAAGUUGAGCAUAUCUGAUUAGCAAAAGCGGUUGAAGGUCCUCUACUUCUCGGCCCACCGUAACAACAUACACUGUCAAUCCAUAUAGUUAUCAUAAACCCACACGUCAACGAAACCACUCUUUUGACUUCAUCCUCUAUCCAAUCACACCACGCCACGUUAACACCACGACCUAGUGUUUCUGUGAUCUCCACACAGAGAAAGAAGCGUUUCGGUUCUGUUUUCGCCCCAACACAAAGACUCCUUUUGUUUCUUUUCCUCAAUUGGAUCGAAAAAACCCCUAACUUUGACAUGGAAGGAGAGAUUCAAGACUGGGAAAUACUUCAGAGCUCGAGAUCUACCACGGAAGAUGACAAUUCGAGGAGCUUGGAGGAGAUUGAUGAUGGCACGCAAGGUAUGAUUAGGUUUGAUCAUUUCUCUCUUGAGAACCAGAGUGGUUUGUCUCGUUUGGAGGCAAACGAUGAAGAUGGGUCUGUUCAAUCGGGUAGUCCAGGAUGGAUCGAACCUAGCUCCGAUGUUCCUUAUGGUCCGAAGCAUUUUAGUGAGUUAUGGUCUGAUUCAAGCAGUGAUCGGCUUGAUGAUCAGAGGUUAGUGGAUGAUGAUGUGAAUAACGAGAUGGGUAUAGAGAGAAACGAAGUGGGUAUUGUUGAAUAUAGUGAAAGUAUAGCUCAAGACAUGGAUUUGAUAAGCUCUGAUGAGAGAAAGGAAGAAUCUUUACUUCAUCCAGUGGAAGGAGAAGGAAACUCUGUUUCUAUUGAUCCUGGUGUUAAAUCUGGUGGUGGAGGAGGAGAAGAGAAAGGGUUUGUGUGGUGGAAAAUUCCAAUAGAGGUGUUGAAGUAUUGUGUGUUGAAAAUUAAUCCUAUUUGGUCUUUGUCCAUGGCUGCAGCAUUUGUGGGUUUUGUUAUGUUAGGGCGUAGAUUGUACAAUAUGAAGAAGAAGACUCGUUCCUUGCAGCUUAAGGUUCUUUUGGAUGAUAAGAAGGUGGCGAAUCAUGCUGCUCGGUGGAACGAAGCAAUCUCGGUAGUGAAACGUGUGCCCAUAAUCCGGCCAGCACUUCCGUCAUCAGUGGGUAUGAACCAGUGGUCCAUGAUGAGUUUAAGGUGAAAAUUAAGUGAAUUUGAGGGCAUAAUAAUGCAUAUAUGUGAGAUUAUAUGAUUUGAUGUGGUUGGUGCAUGUAUCAUAUGAUUGUAUUAAAAAUGUUACAAAAACAUACAAAAAGAUGCUUGUAAGUUUGUACUGUGUGUGUAUAUAUUGUUACUUGCUUGGUGGAAUACAAAUUGGAUCAGAAUCAUAGUGCAGUUUUGGAAGGUUGCGGUCAGAAUCUAACCUUGAUAAGCUUCUGAGCUGGUCUUAGUAGGCAGUGUCGUAAAGAGAUUGUACAAAGACAAAAGCCAAUAACGGAAUUUUGGUUGUUUAUUUAGAAAGUACGACUCUUUAAGAUAUGAAAAGGGUUAAGACAAAAACCCAAAUUAACAGGGAAGUUCACGUGAAGAGGGCAAUGUUUCUGAUUGAUGUAGCCAUGUAGGAGUCUAUCUUUCACUUUAUAGCUAUCCUAAACUCUACGAUGUCAAUUGUGAUUAGAUAUAUGUCUCUUCUUCUUGUUUCUUUGUCUUCUUUCACUCUAUUAUUCGUUGACCAUUGUACCACCAAAGUUUGGUAUACUCACUUAUCAUACUUAAAUCACAAGUGAGUAUUGUAAGGAACUAAGGAUCCAAAGCUAAAGCA